AUGCCGCUCAUUUACGGGGAGGGGACAAAGGCGUUCAUCAGGUUGCAGGAGGAGAUCAUCCGCACAUUGGAAGACUACACUAUCUUUGCCUGGAAGGACGAAAACAGCCACGGUGGACUGCUGGCACCGUCUCCAGAUGCGUUUGCAGAUUCCGCCGGCUUUGUUCGAGCCUACCAUCCAGCCUUUGCAACCAAGGAGACAUGGACCCUGAGCAAUAGAGGAGUUCAACUGAGGCUCCCAUUUAUGGGAAUAGGGCCCGGGAAAUUAGGACUGGCUGCAUUGAAUUGCACGAAAGCUGGAAAAGAGACUCAAUUUCUGGCCAUUUAUCUGAGGGAUGUCUCUGGCACAAUGCAGACACUGGCGAGAGUCUUGUGCGAUACAUUGGAGGCUAUCGAUGAGGAUAAUCUCCUCCCGUCAAGGUUUCCUUGCCGACGGAUAUGCGUUCCCCAGCCAGGACACCUCCUGCGAAGUGGAUCGAAGUCUCGGCAGAACGGCAAUUCCCAGUGGUUAGAGACCUUCAUGAGGAUCUUUCUGCCAGUUAUCUCCGACAAUAUGAAUACGGAGUUCUUUGAGAAAGUGACUGGGCGUGGCCGGCGUGUGGUCGAAUCAGAGUGGUUGGAUGAACAUUUCCCCCACUCAGUGGCGUUGAGUGGAGCAUACGGGGGUGUUAUCGAGCGCAUGCAGUCCCUACUUGGCUAUACCUGCCAUGCAAACGUUAGGGACAUUGCAAGCAGGACGCCCUUGGCGGCUGCCGCCGCCGCCGGGGAGGCACUUGCAGUAUGGUUCUUGAUGUGCAGACCAAGUAUAGAUGUUAAUGUGCCGACUUACGCGUAUUCAUUGAUGGGCCACGAGGAGGUCGUUUGGCUGCUACUCAGCAGGGGUGAUAUCAAAAUCUAUGCGCACCCGGAGGGACCCGGCAAACGAGCUCCGGUAAUGUUCGCGGUUGCAGAAGAUCACAAGAAUAUUGUCGAGAUGUUUCUAGCGAGGGAUGACUUUGAUGUGACGAGAGAGGGCUUGGCGGACGAGAUGUUGCGUGUUGCAUCCACUUGUGGACACGAGGCAAUGAUGAGAAUGCUGCUAUGCAGAAUCGAUCUUCAUGAUAUUAAGUCUGCAGCAGAGAAGUACUGGACCCCAGAGAAGUGUGCCGCCCGAAAUGGCGAUGAGCGGAUCGUCAAGCUACUGAUCGCGCGGGGUGCGGAUAUCAACGAUCGGACGUUCGGGUCCGAAAGCAUGAUAGAAGUCGCCGCUAAGUAUGGACAGACGGCCAUCGUCAGCUUGUUGCUUGAUAAAGGUGCGGACUUUGUUUUUGCUGCAAGGGCCUUGGAGGAAGCCGCAUUAGCAGAGCACAUGGAUAUUGUGCGGCUCCUGGUAGACAGUCCCUAUGGGAAACUACUGCUCGGAAAUGUUGUCAAGCUGUUCCUAAUGCUCUUGGAUACCAGGCAUAAGAUCAUCGCUGCGUUGCAUGAGACAGGACGCAUUUUACUCUCCCGUGGUGCGGAUCGAGUCAUACAUCCAAUUGAUGUCUUCGGAGGCAUUGUUCCUCAUAUCGAUAUGACAGAUGAACAUGGCAGAACUCUCCUAUCGUGGGCAGCUGAGCAUGGCCAGGACGAGGUUGUCGAGGCAUUAAUAAAGCACGGUGCUGAUAUCAACGCCAAGGAUAAUCAUGGCAGGACGGCCUUUGAUAUGGCUCGAGACGGUGGUCACUAUGCUGUUGUAGAGAUUCUACAGAGGAAGAGGCGAAGGGAUACAGAUGAGGAUUCUGCGGAAACGGUCUCCUGGAUGCUCCAACAAGCCAAGAAGCGACGUCAGGGCCGGGUUGCUGCGAGAUGGAUCUAG